AUGAUGAUCAGAGUCUUUUUAGCAGGGCGCUUCAAGGACAAGGCAGGUGCAAAAAGCUUUCCUACAUCUGAAACUCCGAGCUGUUGGCGACUGGAAAAAGAAGAGGAGGGUGAAAAGGAGAAAGCGGCUUUUGGCACCUCUGAGUGUCCUCAGCAGGGCUCGGUCACUGGCACCAAAAAAGCCUCUAAGUCUCUAAGUUUGUUUGUCAAGUGUUUUCGCCAUAACAACAAGAAUAACCAGGCCUUGCAGCCUGAUGUGUGCUUGUCAGCAGUUUGGGGUGACGUAGGCUCUUUGGCACUGUGUGGGAAAGCUCUGAGUUCCUCCACUUCACUUCAGAGGCAUGAGAGAAUUCACACAGGAGAAAGACCCUAUAAAUGUAACCAGUGUGCGAAAGCCUUUAGAUGUCACAGUGCCCUUCAAUUACACGAAAGAAUCCAUACUGGUGAGAAGCCCUAUGAGUGCCAGCAGUGUGGGAAAGCCUUUACAUGUCACAGUUACCUUCGAUUACACGAAAGGACUCAUACUGGAGAGAAACCCUAUGAGUGUAAGCAGUGUGGGAAAGCCUUCAGAUGUCAAACUUCCUAUCAUAGACAUAAAAUUAUUCAUGGUGGAGAAACAUUCUAUGAAUGUAAACAAUGUAGUAGGCUCUUCAUUUACCCAUCUUUACUUCAGAUGCACGAAAGAACUCACACUAGUGAGAGACCAUAUAAAUGUAAAGACUGUGGCAAGUCAUUCCUCUACCCCUCUUUACUUCAAAUGCAUGAAAGAACCCACACUGGUGAAAAGCCCUAUGAAUGUAAACAAUGUGGUACAGCCUUUAGACAUCACUCUUCCCUUCGACUGCACGAGAGAACUCACACGGGAGAAAAGCCCUAUGAGUGUCCACAGUGUGGGAAAGCCUUUACUCGUCACACUUCCCUUCGAUUACAUGAGAUAACUCACACCGGAGAGAAACCUUAUAAAUGUAAAGAAUGCGGAAAAGCCUUUAGACAUCACUCUUCCCUUCGGUUGCACGGAAGAAUUCAUAGUGGAGAGAAACCCUAUGAAUGUAAACAAUGUGAUAAAGCCUUUAUACGGUACAGUUACCUUCGAUUACAUGAAAGAACACACACAGGAGAAAAACCUUAUGAAUGCAAGCAAUGUGGGAAAGCCUUCAGCCGUCACAGUUCCUUUCAGAGACAUAAAUCUAUUCACGCUGUGGAAAACCCCUAUGAAUGUCAGCCGUAUCUAAUUCCUUUAUCGCUGUUUCCUCCAAAUACAUCAGAUAACUCAUACUGGUGAAAAACACUAUGAUGUGAACAGUGUGUUAAAAUGUUUAUCCUUAGCCACUUAAAACACAUGUAAGAACUGAAGAUGUCACGUGAUAAACCUUAUCCACAUAAACGAUAUGGUUUAGACUUUAAAUGUACUAAGGGAUUCAUUGUAGGUAUAGUUUCUACAAAUGUGCAGUAUGUGGUAAGUCCUUUCACAGAAACAAACUAAUUCAUGCGGGGAAAAUGCCUUAUGAAUGGAAACGAUAUGGUCAGUCUUUUAUCCCUGUUUGCUUCAGACACAUGAAAGAACUUAAAAUGCAAAAUGCCGUGAGUGUUGGCAGCGUGCUGGAGCCUUCAGGAGAUGCAGGUCCCUUUGUUAACAUGAAAGACUCUUACUGGAGGGAAAGAAACCGCAUGAUGUUUAGAUGUCAUUGCUCCCAUAGAUUCUGUGAAUGGACUACUGGAAACAGUUCUGUGAGCAAGAGCGCAGCUGACACCUUCAAGCUCACAGUUCCUUUCAAAGGUGUAUAAUGAUUGAUGGUGGGACAAGGCCUUAUACAUGUAAAAAGUAUGGUAAGUUUUUGUUUGCUUGGAGAGGGACAGGCAUUUUUUGUUGGUAGUGUAGCUACCUGUAAGUUGCCUGUGUUCAAUAAGCCCAAUUAGAUUCAGUGGUUCCCCAAGGUUGCACUUGGAUGGAAUCAUUGCUUUGUUUCUAUCCUCAGUGCCCUUGCUUGUUCAACAUGUGUCCAGAAAAUGUUCACACAAUACUUGGCACCCAAAUGUGGAGCUCAAUGGAACCAAAGAUGAGUUUGAGAGGAGCACUUGCCUUUCUCUGCUGUGGGUGAUGAGACAUGGCCUUGAGCAGGGCGGAUCGUCUGCAGUUGAUUAUGAAGUGGCUAUCUUUUCAGUACGCCAUGGAACAGUGUGCCGCCUUGUUGCAGUACCAGUUGCGUUGUUUGUACUGUGCAGCUCCUCUAGUAUGGAGUGCCCCCCUUCUGUGACAGAUGAGCUUUGCCACAUGAGCCUUCCCCUGCCUCCCACAGCUGUCAAGUUCAGAGUGUAUUACAGUUCCUGUAAGUAGCACAGACGGAACAGAAUUAAGUAGGCAUCAGGUGCGCGGCCCUUCAUUGGGUAAGAAGACAUGCAAAUAAGCCUUCGCUGUCUACUAGCAUGAACUUGCCCUUUGAUGGAGGGAUUGUUUGAGGAAAAGAUAUGCAGAUGCUGUCCACUGUAUUGGCCUUCAGAUUGGCAGGGAAACUAAGGAAGGAGGGUGGGAGUGAGGAUGGGAGCAAACGCCGGCUUCCAGUUUUUACAUCUGGAGAUGGCAGAAGGGGAACAAAUGGAAAGUUCUGUCUGCUGAGUAGUCCCUUUGGGACCCUAAAAUGUGAAGCCUAUAUGAAGUUUUGACCAGUGAGGGGAGAUGUAGAAGUGGUGAUAAUGUUCCCCUCCGUCCUGACCUUUACUACAGAAGAGUCCGAGCACAAUGGCCCAGUAAAAGGAGUUGUGAUAAUCAGUAAAUACUCUUUUUUUGGAAGGCUGUACAGCUUGAGAAAAAAACACAAUGAAGAAAGAUUUGAUAAAGCACUGCAGCUGAAAAGUCCAAGCUUUUGCUGGAGUUGUUUCCCCAGAAUAAGUUGUGUGCUCUCCUGCAGAAAAGCAUGCUUGUGCGUAGCCUGUUUGUUCAGCUCAGGGCCCUCUCAGCAGCUAGGGGCGUCCGCUGAAGAGGCAGCAGUGUGCUACAACAUGGGCCUAGAGGCUGUCAGUCCCAGGGAGUCCACAGGAAUACAGCAGGUGAGCAUGUCUGGGUUUCCCCUGGGCUCCUACACCAGUGAGAGAACAAGAACCAGCUCUUUCCCCACCAAGGCUGCAUGCAGGAUGAGGGUGCAGAUGGCUCAUGAAGAAUGAUGGUUCAGGGGAGGGUGCACCUCCCAUCUACAACACUGUAUCCAGUACUGAUUUUUUUUUUCUUGAGGCAAGUUUCUAGGUAGCCCAGACUGGCCUCAAAUUCACUAUAUAGCUGAGGAUAAUCUUGGAAGUCCUGAUCCUCCUGCCUCCUCUUUCUAAAUCCUGGGGUUGCAUGCAUGAGUCACCCCAUCUGGUGUCCCAGGCUUCACGCAUGCCCUCUCCGCUGUGCUGUGUCCUCAGGUCAACACUGAGGAAACACUUGGUACAGAAUCUUCAUGGAUCUUUUUAAUAUCUGUUUAUUGCCCUCUUAACUCUUCCUGACUCCCAGUCCAGCUAGCACUUGUUUGAUCCUCCAGUGAUCCUGAGACCCCUGUGUAAAUAGGUUUCUUUCACUUCACCGCUGACAUAACGCUAGCCUGUGAGUGUUCCACAGAGUUAGAAAAGCAUCUGCGUGAGCUAAAAGAAUGACGAUCAGAAGGGCAGCACACAUACAUGUGCACAGGGCAGGCACAUGGGAAAUUCUUGUGAUGUUAUGGUUGGGUAAGAUACGUGUGAUACAAAAUAAGGAGAGUGAGGGAAAUCUUUCGCAGCCAAUGGCUGACAUUAAGCAUGACAAGAACAGUUGAGGAGCUUGAGUGAAAGUGCCCUGUGUGCAUGGGCAGAGAUUUUCAGAGCAUAGACUCCUCAGUGACGAUGCAGUGUGGGGUGGGCUACUUCUCCAAGAGAUGUCCCAGAAGUCCCUAGACAGUGCUGGCUGUUGCCAAUGCUCUUCGUUGUCCCUAGAACUAGAGUUAAUACUGUUCCUAAAGACACCACAUGCUUUAGUUGCUGAAUGUGGAGAAAACAAGCUGAAGCUGAGCUGGAAGUGUCCUUGCUGGCCAGCUUUAGAGGACCUGGAGGUGCAGGCUCCGAACCCUGUAUGUUACUAAAAUUGGCAAGCAAGAUGUGCCUACUAGGGCUGGUGAGAUGGCCCAGAUGGUGAAGGUGCUUGCUGCCAAGACUGGAAACUUGAGUUAGAUCUCAGAACCCUACACACAGGGAACCCUGAUGGCUCUUCAAGCUGAGGAGGGAGAGGGACUUAA